UGGGACUACCAUUUUGUUUUUCAGUUGAAGUUGCCUUCCAUCCACAGUUGGAUGUUUUUGUGAAUAUGCAUUAUUCGACGUUUACCUAUUGCUUUGAGUUGUAUUUUUCUUCGAAUUACAAUAGUGACGUUUGGAUGGUUGAGUAAAAAACGGAAGGACGCAGUUUUGUUGUAUAUUUUGAUUUGAUUGUUCUUGUUUACUCUUGAGUCUUCAGGCGGACGACGUUCCAACGUUCUUACAGUAACGUUAACAGUACUGUAGCUAGGGAACGUUAGCUAGCAAAAAUAGCUAAUUAGCUUGCUAGCUAUCUCAGUGGCAAAAUGGCGGCGAAUACGACCCAGACUGCUCCGGCUGCUAACUGGUCGUAUGGAGCAGCAGCAGGUCCAGAAGGCCAAGCUGUGCAUGAAAACCCGGAGUGGGAGAAGGCCAGACAGGCACUGGCCUCCAUCAGUAAAACCCAGAGUGCCACGAAGACUGCUCAGGCCAACCGGACUACCGCACAGGCUGGUCAGUUCCAACCUGCAGUAACUGAAUCCACAGCCAUACAACAGCAGCAGUACUACCAGCAGUGGUACCAGCAGAACCCACAGCAGCAAUACCCUUCAUAUACCUACCCUUACAGUUACUACUACCCUGUGGCUCCAGGCCCUUAUGGCGGUGGCUAUCCUCCUCAGGGCCAGUAUGGUGUACCUUCUGGAACUUACCCGACUCCCACCACCCCAACUGGACAGCCUUCAUCCAUGCCCAUGAUGGAUGACCAGUCCGCUAGCUAUCCCCCUCAGCCCCAGCCCCCUCCUCCUGCUGCCCCCUCAACCCCCCCCAGAAGUCCCACCAGCUCUGAGCAGCCCCCUCCCCCUCCUCCACCAGCUAUCCCUCCCUCCCCCAACUCCCAGUACCCACUUCCCCAAGGGCAGAACUCCUACAACUCUAUGGCCUACCCCAACAGUGACCCCAACCAGAUGAGAGGUUACAACCAUGGCCAGGGCAGGCCAAAUUAUGGGCAGGGCUACCAGACCCAAAACUCAUACCAGCUCCAACAGAAUAACAACCAGCAACAGCCACAAGGCCAGGGUCAGUAUGGAACUGGAGCUGGGAGAGGGGAGAGCAACAAAAACAAGAACCAGAAACAACAACAACAACAACAACAACAAGGAGGUCAAGGACAGCAACUCUGGCAACGUAUGAAACAGGCGCCCGGAGCAGCUGCUGUGAAGUUCAACAUUCCAAAGCGAACGUAUGUCAAUCAAAGCUUCCCACCUGGGGAACAACCCACUGGAUUGGCUGCUACUCCUUCGUCCCCUGCUGCUGCUCCUGCCGCCCCUGGUGGUGCCCAGACACGGCCUCAGGACUGGCCCCAAGCCAUGAAGGAGUAUGUGCAGCGCUGCUUCACAGCCUGUGAGAAUGAAGAGGAUAAGGACCGCACAGAGAAGGGGCUGAAAGAGGUCCUACAGAAGAGACUUCAAGAUGGGUCAGCCUACACUAUCGAUUGGGACCGCGAGCCCCUGCCUGAACUGAAGGCCAAGCAGUCUCGUUGGGAGGCUGUACCCACCCAAAGGACUCUGGAGAGCUCUGUUGGACGAGGUGGGGGUACUGGUGGGUCUGCGCGGGGCAGGGGCAGUGGGGCCAGGCUGGGCCACUACAGGAAUGUCUUCUCCCAGAGAAGCCCCUCAUCCAGUUCUUCUGGCUCCUCCUCUCGCUCACCCUCCCCUUCCCACAGCAGACACAGGGACCGCAGUAGCCAGAGACAUAGGCACAGUGACUCCGAGUCCCAGUCAGACAGCAGCAUGUCUAGUGACCUCCGAACCCAGCUUCCCCGGCGCAACCAGAAAGGAGGCCGUGGUCGUGGGGGAAACCGGGAUCGGGGAAGAGGUGGAGAGAGGGGACGAGGAAGAGGGGGAAGAGGCAACAGAGGGCAGAGAAACAUUGAUGAUGCUAACACCACCGCCCUGGGAAAAAAGAGGAAAGGUGGGAACGCCGGACUGGACUUCCAUGACCCUAACCGAGAGGCCAAGAAACAGAGCAGAGCAGCCAGGUUCCACAACACAAAAAUGCGCUCCGAGCCCCUGGUGCUUUCCAUUAACAACCUGGAACUGCCCAAGGAGGACCUGAGCUGGGAGGACUGCCCCAUUGUGGGCACCUGCCAGGAGAUCACCAAGAUCUACCUGAGACUCACCUGUGCCCCCGACCCUGCCACCGUGCGCCCAGUGUCUGUGUUGAGGAAGUCUCUGUUGGCCGUGAAGGCCCACUGGAAGAACCACCAGGACUACCCAUAUGCCUGUGAACAGAUGAAGUCUAUACGACAGGACCUCACAGUCCAAGGAGUUCGUACAGAGUUCACAGUGGAGGUAUACGAGUGCCAUGCACGCAUUGCUCUGGAAAAGGGCGACCAUGCAGAGUUCAACCAGUGCCAGACACAGUUGAAGGCCUUGUACAAGGAUCACCCAUCGGACAACAUCGGCGAGUUCACCGCUUACAGAAUACUCUACUACAUCUUCACUAAAAACUCUGGAGACAUCACCACUGAGCUGGUUUACCUGACCCCGGCGUUGCGGGCGGAUGAGUGUGUCUCUCAUGCUCUCUCCCUCCGUGCCGCCUGGGCUCUGGGCAACUUCCAUCGGUUUUUCCAGCUCUAUCGGCGAGCACCGCGUAUGGCCUCAUACCUCAUUGAUAAGUUUGUGGAGAGGGAGAGGGUGAUCGCUCUCAAGGCCUUAUUAAAAACAUUCAGACCAGACCUGCCAGUGGAAUAUGUGCAAUCCAGUCUGGGCUUCCUUUGUUUAGACUCUUGCUUGGCCUUCCUCACAGGCCUGGGGGUCACCUUCUUUCCCUCUGACCCCAGCAAGAUAGACUGCAAAACCAGCUCAGCCUGUCUGGCAGCCUCCUGAGGGGGUGGGGGGUUCACCAGGGAGGGGGAAUGCACAUUAAAGGGAGAUAUUGAGACAGGGUCAGCAAUGUACCUUACAGUUGUAAUGCACUGCAUUCCAGACCUGUCCAGUCAGUUCUGAGGGAGGCUAGUGGUUAGACUCAAACCUACUACAAACCUAAGUCCUGUAGAACGAGAGCGAGAUGCACUAGGGCCCACUACAACACCUCAGGGUAGAAUGCAGUGAGGAUCUCACACAGACUGUAUAAGGGAGGUAGAUGACUUACUACAUGCUGCAUAUUAGAUACAUGUAGAGUAGUUUAGCCCUACACAUCUCUGAUUAACUCAACCCAUGUAUGUACUUUCCAAUUAGAAAAUUUUAGUGACACAACAGAUGUUACAGGAUUGGUUCAGUUUUUAACAUUUACCUCACAGAUCUGGGAAGAAGAGCUUUAAGGUCUCCCAUCCAUUAUCACUCUCAGAGGUUUUAAGCUAACAGUGUUCUGUUAUGUUUUUCCUUCCCUCAAGUCAACAGCAUCAAACUAAAGCGAAGACAAGUCUUAAGAACCCAAAAGAAGAGUUCAAGGUCUUCCUCAAGUCCUCAUCCAUCAGGCUGCUCAUCCACUCCAAAACCAAACCAACUACCAGUGAAGAGUUUUAUCUGCUCAGGUGUUCCGUACUAGAGACUGUGCUAGCCCUUUGCCGCUGUCAAGACACGUCCAAUGAGCCGGGGACCGAUCUGGGAAAGGAAGAGAUGGUGGUUUGUAUGUCCUGUCGUGAACCCCCCUCCCCCUUCCCCAAGCUGCCUACGAUUAGUCAUCAAGUUAAAGUAUCCCCCACUUUCUGUUCCUGCUUUGCAUUGCACACUUGGCCCCUCUGAGAUGUAUUGACUGAGAAAUGUGAACGUGUUGGUUGGUCGAUGUCAAGAUGCGUCCACACACAGCCUUAGCCCCACUUUUCCACUACCCACAGUCUUUUGCUGCAAGCUUCAGAAGUCGUCUGGAGUUUGCCAAAGUCCUAACUUCAAAGUUUACAUUCCAGUUAUAUCUGCUCCCCAGUGUAGUAGGCUUGUAAGCCUGGGUUUUGUGCCUCUUCUGGUAGGCAUUGACUUGUAAACGUGUAGUGGGGGAUACACUCCCAUAGUCUUUACCGAGAUGGUCUCUGCAGUCGUCCCGUAUGUGUCCAGGGAGCCAGGAUAUACACCUAUUGCCCAUCUGUCCUGAGACCAGGCAAGGAGACAGUCUCCCAACCUACAGCCUGGACAAGCCCGUUGUGGUUCACAAGUCACCUGAUCAACAGCUCCAGGGAGUAGCAGUGGUCAAGCAUGAAACAAAGAGUGGUGACAGCGAGGAAGUAUUCAACACCAUGAAGAUGGCGGUGAAGUCUCCAUCUUCAAAUAUAGUGGCUGGGUUAAUUCUGCCAGAUAACAGAUGAAGAUGAGGUUGAUGUCUGUGCAGAUGACGGCUCCGUUUGGGUUUGUAUGUCACAGUCUCCAUUCAAGGCUGAGUAUGUAUGUAUAGCUGGUAAGAAAAGAGGACUUGUGCUGGAAGGAGGUGGAAGACAACACUGAAAAGAUCAGCUUGUAUUUGCUAUUUGCUCAGUCACAAACACUUAAGAUUAGUGGUGUUAAAAAGGAUGAUAUCAACUCAAUGGUAAUUGCUCAAUUCAAUCCACAGGUAAUGAUGGGGUUAUUGAAAUUAGGCAGGGAAAUUACGAGUCCCAGUAUUAACCCUUGUUCCUCUCAUUGGAAUGAUGAAUAAACAGCCAAAUACCUUUUUACUGUAAAUCUGUAACUAUGUAGUGGGGUAAUUGAACGACAGCUUACUCAUCAGUUUACAAUUGGAUCUGGUUAUAUAUUUAAAUUAAGAACAUCCCCCACCUGAUCUUUUGAGAAACCUAUUUACAGACAUUCAUUUUCAAUAUAGACAGGUGAAGGAUUGAAAAGUGAAGCGUUAAAUCACCUUAAUUGUCAUAAAUAGAACCUAGAAAUGGACCAUGAAUUGGUCAUUCCAGUUAUCAGCAUAUUUACCUUUUUUAGAUUCAUUUAGGGCAUGACCUUGGCGAGUAUUAGCUUGAUUCAGUGCAAAUCUUGAGGUAUUUUACUGCAUUCAGUGCCAUUGUUCUGGACUGUACUUUCCGGAUGAGCAGAAGUCAGUGUGUUGUGUAAAUAGAUAUGUCAGUAUAUAAUGUAUACAGUUUGGUGUUGAUUCAGUUUAUUUAAAACAAAUGGCAGAUUAAUAGUCAUUGAAUCUUUCCGUUCACCAGGGUAAGUGUAAUACUGACACAUGGUGAUCGAAAGUGGAAACGUGAUAUUGGUAAUGGGCAAUGCAUUUGAAAAGAAUGUGAAGUUAUAUUUUUAUCAAUGCUUUGCCUAUUACCUUUUGAUAUUGCUGUGGAUUUAAAUUGUGACUGCAUUUUCCAGUACAAACACAUGUCAUUUCUGUCCUACCUUUUUUGACAGCUUAUUCAAUAACUCCAGGAGUGAAGAUCUAUAUUUGAUUUUUUUUUACAGGAAUUGAAAUUGGAUGUGCUGUUCAAAUCAAAACUUUUUCUUGCCAAAUUUCACUGAAACAUGCAAACAUGGGUGUAAUUUAUUUUCUUCAACAAAUAUUUUUUCUAUUUCAUUUUUGCCCUAUUGCUAUGGCAUCUCAUACUUUUUUGCUAUCUGUACACCUAAACCCCUUAUAGAUACGUAGUAAUCUGCUAAAAAAAAGUCCAAAUUUCAUUGGCAAGAAAAAGGUUUGGUAUAAGACUCUGACCUCACAUCAGCCAAGAAAGUGUGUGUGCGUGCGUGGGUGAUUUGUGUUGGUCAGGUCCCCUGUUUGUCCAUUUAUUUGGGAAUGGUUUGAUAUUGGGCACAAACACAGUUUCAGGUGACUUGGCUGGUUUUUGGCUGAUGUGAGUCAGUGUUUUGAUUUGGUGACAUUGUGUUUUUAUACCUUAUGGAUAGAGUGAGCCAAUUAUGUGUAUAUAUACAGUACCAAUCAAAAGUUUGGAUACACUUACCCAUGGCUGUCCAAACUUUUGACUGGUACUGUGUAUAGUCCCAUAAAACAUCUAUAUUGAAGCACAGGUAUGAUUGCAAUAUUUAAAUAUGAAUGUCUGCAUAUGUAAUCUUGUCUACCCAUUAAUAGAUCUGUUUGUGUCAUUUGACUGGCAGCAUUGUUUGUUAUUUGCCCUUGAUUUGGUCACUUUCAAUGUAUGAUUAAUUUCAGCAGUUGUGCUCUUAACUCAACAUGUCCAUCUCUCCUUCGUCUUUCUAUUCUGUUUCUCUUUACCUAUCCCCACUCUCAUUACCAGGCCUUUUCUCUGAUUUCUCUUCUUGCAGUACUGCAUUGCAGGAGCAUAAGGAGUGUGAAGGUGAAAACAGAGCACCUCCUCACCAGUCCCCUCCAGAAGCAAGCUGGAGAGAGGGAAAAGUGAGAAAAAUGCAAGACUUAAUACAACCAAGUCAAGUUGAAGCUAUUUUAUCUGACCUGUUGCAGUGUCCUAUACAUGGGAGCCUGACUUCAAUUGUAUUGUUGUUUUCUUUCGGGAUAUGCAUUUUAUUUAUAUUAUUCUUUGACUAUAUUAACUUGAAUCAUGAAGAAACAUUAAUUCCAAUUUAUAUUUCACUCUAGUUUAGCUAGUUUGACAUUCUUUUUGGAACAAUGUUGCAGUUAAACCAGUCACCCACGUAGUGUUAAGCCAUCCAAUGUGUUAAUGUAUACUGUUUGUCCAGAAACAUUUGCAUGUGUUCUUGUUUUACAUUAACAGUAUGUUCCUUUGAAAACAUUUUGUCAGUAUGAAAACUUCUCUUAUGUACAGAUCAAGACUUGCUUCUGCAGUCUUUGAUCUGAUCUCCUGGUGUAGGUUAGUUGUUAGCCCCCUCAUGCAUCUCCUAUACAUUUUGACAUUUUUGUAUUAUCAACAUCAAAGUAUUUAUUUCUAGCCAGUAAAUAAAAAAUAGUGGGGGGGGGGGGGUUGAAAUGGGUCUGGACAUACAGCAUACAAUUUCCAUUAUAUCAAGGAAAAUAUUAUUGUAUUAUUCAUCUCUAGACAUUUGCUUUUUUUUCUCAAUGUAUAUUUUGAUAUAUUACUGUCAGGUUCUAUAGAAGUUGGCUCCCAUAUCCAAAUGUGUUUUUUAAAUGUCUUAACAGGGAUAUAGUACUUUGAUAUUAGAUGGUUUAUGGUUAAGUUCAUGUAUCCUUCUAUUACCUUGUCUGAUUGGUUUAAUAUUGCAGAACCUUCAUAUCUCACAUGGAUUGAUGCUUUAAUUCUGGAUUUUUUUGGUUCACUAACAGUUUCCAGCUAUAUAUUUACAGAUAACUAACAAUGCUUCUUUUAGAAAAUGUGCUCCUUGUUCUACUCUUGCAACUGUUCCUCCUGACACCUGUGGGCUUAUAGUUGUUUUUUCUCCUUUAAGCCCAUAAAUGUAACUCCUGCCUCCAUUUUGUCUUUUUUGACUGCACUUGAAUAAUUCCUUUUUCUUACUUAAGCUUGAUGCAGCAGUUGAUUUUUCAUCUGUUCUUUUUCACUGUAUAGAGUG